UCGAGGAUUUUGGUGAUAAAUAUUUACAAGAUUUUUAUACCUACUUAUUGGACAUUAAUAUGGUGGCGAAUCAGAACCAUCCGUUUGUUUUGUGGGGAGCUUGUUUUUUAUGGUUCAUAUCGAUGUUGUGCAUAAUAUGGUCUCUACUUUUGUUCUUCUUUGUGGGCAAUAUCCUCGUGCAGACCGGAACGGAUUUGGUUAACGCGUUUGUUUUGCUGUCAGGAAUAAUAACGUUGCCCACGAAUGUGCACAUUUUAUAUUCCAUAGCAUAUGGUAUCCGAGUCGAGCUCAAAAGUAAAGUAAUGUGUUGUCCGCUAUGGUUCUGUAUAAUAUGGAUAAUUGUCAUCAACGCCGUUGGCAUUGUAUUGUGUAUAAAAGUAAUACAUUCGUGCGAAGAGAACACAGUAAAUAGUAUUAGUCACGGCAUGAAAUAUUAUAGAAGCGUUCCGAAGUAUAAAAACUUCAUUGACAAUGUUCAAUGGUCAUUACAUUGUUGUGGGCUUAACUCAUAUAGGGAUUGGUUCAAACAUGAGUGGUAUGAUAAAAUUCGAGAUUACGAAUGGGAUCCUUUCACGAAUAGACAAACUGUUAGAAGUUUGAAGGAGGCCACUGAUAGUGUUCCUUUGAGUUGCUGCAAAAGUGGUUCUUGUAUAUCUAAUUUCUUGACCGAGUUGGGGACAUAUUCCAUAAACACUGCGGGAUGUGGUCACAAAAUGUACCACAUCAUCAGGUGUUCGAUGUAUGCGCAUCUCUUUCUGUUCGCCUUGGUGAUUCUAAUAGAGAUUCUAAUGCUUAAAUUCGUUGCUCAGAAAGAAGAUAGCGAUAGUUGUAAGAAACUUAGAAAUAAUGUUCAACGUAUAAUGUCAGUCAAUCACAAUUUUGAAGCAUCCAGCAGUUCGUAUCAAGUUAAUCCAGAAGACAGCGAAGAUUUAGAAUUAUCAAGAGAAUUUGAAAAAGAUUAA